AUGAUUGAUCCCGAGGAAGACCUCGAGUUGUCUCAGCAGUCAAAUGCUUCUGUGUAUCCCGAGUCUUCUAUGACCGCCGAGUCCUCAGAGAGCGCCAAGGUCAACGCGAAAAAGGGCAAAGGAAAGAAGGACAAAGGUGAGUCGCUGCCUUCUCCAGCCAAGCAGAGAGACAGUACUAACGGCGACAUAGGAAAACCAGUGCCUCGGCAGGACAGUCCUCAGGCUAUUGACCCUCGAAACUUCACCACUUCUCGACCAGACCAAGAUAACUGGUCGUGGGCAGAUCUUCCAGACAUACUUUACCAAUUCGAGCCUGCAGACAAAAAGGAUCGUAAAUCGGACCCGCCUCGUAUGAAUUACCCUAUUCAUGGCCAAUAUUUGCGCGACCUCCCCAUACUUCCUGAUAACAUUGCUUCGACAGUCGAGGAGUUUCGAGUGGAAGCUUGGAUGCGGCUCGAUAGACGCAUUCGUCUCAGAGAUAUCACUGAUCGGAUGCACCCACUCUUUAGAAUUCAAGACAAUGCGUUGCAGCAGCGCAGUGUCCGCUUCCGCCAGCAGUUUUCUCUGAUUGCAUGGGACUCCGGUAACAAGCGUAGCCAGCAGCUCAAGCAAGACAUCCUUCGGAAGAUGCAGGAAAUUGGACUUUCUCCUGCUUUGAAUACGACUCGCGGUAUAACCCCCGGCUUGAUCGACCCAGCCCUCGGAGAAGAUGGUGGAAGAAUCCCGCUACCCAAUCAAUACAACAAGGGGAAGCGAGUAUCUCGAGGCAGAAAACCCUCAAAGACGCCCUUGAAGGAAGAGGUCGCCACGGAAGACCCCCGCCACGAAUACACCGUUCAGGAAGAGCAGCCAACCGGCUUUUCAGUCCCCAUUAAGAAAUCGGCGAGCGUUGGAAAGGUAGACACGUCGAAGAAGGAGGGGCCGGCCCUAGUGGUAGCCUCUCCCGUGGAGUCCGUUUCGAUUGAUUUCACGGUAGAUGACCUCACAGUCGAGAGUGUUGCAGAGCUUUUCAACUACGUUCCAUCAUAUAUUUCAUUCGACGAAAAUAACGACAGUCUAGAGGGAUCUCUGCCUGUCAUCACAGGAUUGAUUCCUGAUAGCGAACUACCAGAGACCGUUAGCAUGGUAGAUAUCGACUUGACAGUGAGCAUCAAAGACUCCAUACCACGACACAAUACUGAGAAAGCCUUGAAACCCAUCGCGACAGGAAAAAUUCAGCGCAGGCGCCCUUCCCCAUUGAAACUAGCUAGAGGAGGGUUUUGCGGCAACGCUUGCCACUUGGGGAAGUGUGCCACCCCCGUCUAUACCAAUCUCACACUUGUGUCUGGCCCAGCUGGCGCAGGCGUAUUUCACGAAGGCCUACUCCCUCCAUCCCAGGGGCUGUAUCCUGAUGUAUUGACUCCGUACUCUGCCUCUGAUCUGCCAUUUGGUGUUCGUCACCGAGUCUUUGACAAUCUGUUCGAACAAUGCCUCUCUGGGGAUAGAUACCUCUUCGAUAUCCCAGCCAUGGCCCCCGACGACAUGGAGAUGAUGGACAUCGGCGACAUCAAUGACAUUAUCAUUGACGAUUAUGAUGACUAUUUUCAAAAAUAG